AUUCAAUCAUAAUUUGGUAACCUUUUAACUUACGUUCAUUGACGCAUUGUCUACGUUUUUGGCUUCUAAGAGAGUACUGAUGACUUUUUGAAAAAUUCAUCGGUAUUUAACACACAUAUUCAAUUGUAGCGACGAAAAUUGAACAGCAAUGCGGAAGAGUGAGGCAACAGCAUUGCUGGGAUUGCCCUCAGAUGCUUUUCCUACUCAGGCAGAGCUUAAAGUGGCAUAUAGGAAAAAAGCAUGGGAAAGCCAUCCGGAUCGUUUUCCUCCCUCUGAAAAAUCUCAUGCAGAGUCCAAAUUCAAGCAGGUUUCAGAAGCAUAUACAUGCCUCAAGACUGGUAAAAUAUCUUGGGAUACCACUUCAGGUGGAAAUGUGAAUGUUGUGAGGAGAGGGGUAUCCCAAAAAAGCAUACCAUUCAAUUCUACAUUAGUCAAGAUUCCAUUUGCAAUAAUAGUUCUUGGGACAGUCUUUCUUGGUGGGUUUAAUGCUGCAAGGUGUGCAGGUGAAUUUCAUGGCCAAUGGAAAUUGAAGGUCCCCUAUGAAAAUCCUAUGCAUGUAUUUAUAAAAGCCAAGACCAUAGUCCGUAUGGAGGGACUAAGGUCUUGUUCAUAAAAUUAUUUUAACUGACAAAUUGAGUUGGUGGACUUUUAACCUCUUAAAAAAAAGCCUUCACAUGGAGAUUUAUAUCUCGUUCCAUUUCUAGAAGAAAUGUGGUAGCACAACCCCUAUGUGAAUCAAUCUCCUCUCAUGAACUCCUCUAGAAAAACACGUGUAUUGACAGAGCUUACAAUGCAUUAAAUGAUACUUAUACAAGUAUAUGUGUAUGCACAUACAUGUGCAUAUAUACACAUGCCUACAUAUAUCUGUGUAUG